AUGUCAGUCCUCGAUGACUUUAUUCGCGCUUCGGAUCGCGUAGUCGAGUUUCAAGCGUACUUUGAGACCCUUCCUGUCGAUAGCCAUUCCCUUCAUACCUUGGAAGUUCAGAAGGAUGAAAUAGUUCAUCUCUGGUCAGAUUUUAGGUCACGUUACGACGAAAUCUUAAAUAAAUUUAACGAAUUAGAGGAAGAUGUUGAAGUCGCAACACUGAAGUCCCGAUUCUUUUCAACUUUUGAGGCUCAUGUCAGGGUUUUAGCGAAGUCUAAUGAGAUUUUAGAUUCUCUAUGUCGUAACAAUAGCUCCCCAGCGCCUACAAAUCCCGCAAUUGUCCCUCCAGUUGAGAAUACCCCUCAUAUUUCGUUGCCUCCGUGUGAUACUGAAGUUUUUCACGGCGAUUAUCAGUCAUGGCCAACAUUUCGCGACAUGUUUACGGCUUUAUACCGAAAUAGUACUCGUUUAUCCCCAGUUGAGAAGAUGUGUCAUUUAAUUAAGAAAACGCAAGGUGAGGCUCGUGAACUGUUGAAGACUUGUCCCAUUACCAAUGAAGGUUUUGAAAUGGCAUGGCGUAAUCUGGUCAAUCGCUACGAGAACAAACGGAUUAUUAUCAAUGCACAAUUAAAGAAUUUAUUCAAUAUUUCCCCAGUCGCAAAAGAGACUUCAAGCAACAUAAGGCGCGUUCAACGAACAAUCAACGAUUGUGUUACAAAUCUAUCCCUAUUGAAAAUUGAUACCGAGAACUGGGACAUCAUUUUCGUUUACAUUUGCUCCACUUGUUUACCCGAAACAAGUGGGAACAAUCCUUACCUAUGGGAACAAUCCUUACCUAGCAGCACAGAGUUGCCAACGUGGAAGCAAAUGGACGCUUUUCUGACAUCCCGUUUUCAAACCCUCGAAUCAGUAGCUGACGUUCGUACUACUUUUGCAAACCCUAAUACCUCUAAUCCGAAUAAAUACCAUAACUCGAAGAAGCAAAAUUUUACGGAGAAAAAGAAAGUCAAUAGUUACAAUACCAGUGUCUCUUCUGAUAAAACUAUUAAAUGUUCAAUCUUCUCUGACUCACAUUCCCUUAGGCUUUGUCCUUCAUUCCUCUCAAUGACUGUUGAUGAACGUUAUGCGGUUUUUAAGAACCAAAAGAGAUUUUCCAAUUGCCUAGGAACUUCCCACGAAUGGAAGAAAUGUAGAAGUCAAUAUGUUUGCCAUUUGUGCAAGCGUAAACACCAUUCUCUGCUUUAUCGUUCCGAGAUUACGAACCCCCAAGCAAGCACGCGACCUGUAACUAGAAGCCAGAAUCCAAAUCCGACGGCAGCUCAAGUACGACAAACAUAUUCUACGCAAAUACAGUCCACUUCAAACUCCACUGUUUUACUCGGAACCGCGCUUGUAGACAUUUAUUCCAAUGAUCUUAAAUAUACAGUUCGGGCUUUAAUCGAUUCUGCUUCGGAAGCAACUUUUAUUUCUAAAAAACUUCAAAAUCGACUUCUCUUGAAAACCCGAUCAUCUCAAACUGAGGUACAUGGCCUAAAUGGAGCCUUAACUGCCACAUCAACACAAUUAUGCUACAUUCGCAUCGGCUCACCCAUAGAUGACACAUUUGAAACCUUCACAGAUGCUUUCGUAGUUAAGAAGCUCACUGGACAACUCCCCUAUUUCCCCUCAUUAGCCUUAAACGAUAGUGAAUUUUCUGAUUUGAGAAGAGCUGAUCCACAAAUUCCAAACUUUUCGGAAAUAGAAUUACUUCUUGGUGGAGACAUUUACCCGAAAAUCAUACGAAAUGGUCUACGAUGGGAAAGUACUCAAUCUUUAGUUGCACAACAGACGGUCUUCGGGUGGAUUAUAACUGGUAAAAUAGCAAAUCAGAGUAACAUAUCUAAGGUUUCAUCAUUUUAUAAUGAAAUAACUCUAAAUCUUCAACUUCAGAAGUUUUGGGAAAUCGAAGAAGUCCCGAAGAGACCUCGCCUUUCAACCGAAGAUGCAUACUGCGAAAAUAUAUACCAGUCAACAACAUAUCGCAAUAAUAGUGGUAGAUUUAUAGUCUCGUUGCCUUUCCGACAGGAAUACCCUGAGGAUAUUAAUAUUGGUCCAUCUCGUCAUAUUGCUCUUUCUCAGUUUCUCCGAAAUGAGCUUAGACUCAUGAAAAACCCCCCGCUCAAGUCAGAAUAUGAUCGAGUAAUUUCUGAAUACUCAACGCUCGGACAAAUGACAAUGGUCAGUCCAUCUAAUUCCAAUACCACAUACUAUUUACCCCACCAUGCAGUGCUAAAGCCCGAUAGUACUACCACAAAGUUGCGGGUAGUAUUUAAUGCGUCAAGUCCUUCGUCCAACGGAAAUAGUCUCAACGACUUACUUUACCCAGGUCCUAUUCUCCAAGCAGAUUUGACCAUUCUCAUUCUACGUUGGAGACUAUUUCGGUAUGUUUUCAAUUCGGACAUUGAGAAGAUGUAUCGUCAGAUACUUGUAAAUCCUUCUCACACCCCGUUCCAACGAAUCAUUUUUCGAAAUUCCCCCCAAGAUGAACCACAAGACUUUGAGCUGAAUACCGUAACCUUUGGAGUUAACUGCGCCCCAUAUUUGGCCAUCCGUACACUGCUUGAGUUAGCCAAAUCUUGUGAACAAUCAAACCCUGCAGUUUCCAAUAUCCUACGCAACUAUAUGUACGUUGACGACGUGUUAGCCGGCGCUCAUACCCUUUCAACAGCAUUAAAAGAUCGCGAUGAACUAAUCGAUGUUCUUCAAUCCGCUGGUUUUACCAUUCGUAAAUGGACUGCGAAUCACGACUAUUUACUAAAAGGUCUUUCUCCAGAUCAUCUUUUAGAUACAGAGUUCCUGAAAUUAUCAGACUCUUGUAAAACUAAGACUUUAGGUUUACGUUGGAACGCUGGAACUGAUAAUUUUUACUUUCAACUCAAGAAUAACCCCGAUCGAAACUCAGUAACCAAGAGAUCAGUUUUAUCAGAAAUUGCCAAGCUCUUUGACCCCGCCGAGAAAGCAUAUGCCGCUACAUUGUAUUUGCGCGCUGAAAACCUUGGUUAUGUCUCUUCUCAUCUGCUAGUCGCCAAAACGAAAGUGGCCCCAGUCAAGUUUGUUUCACUACCCCGAAAAGAGCUAUGUGGCGCAGAAUUAAUGGCUACAAUGAUCGAAUCUAUUCAAUCACAGCUCGAUCUAAAAAAUCUUAAACUAUUUCUCUGGACCGAUUCAACGAUAGUCUUGGCAUGGUUACAGAAACCCCCGAAUAGAUGGAAAACCUUUGUGGAAAACAGAGUUUCAUCCAUAAUCGAAAAAGUAGGAAGUCAAUCGUGGUCUCAUGUUGACUCCAAAAAUAACCCCGCCGAUCUGGCAACCCGUGGAAUCACAGUAUCCCAGCUUGCUUCGAAUGAUUUAUGGUGGCAUGGACCGUCGUGGCUUAGAUGUCCGAAAAAUAAAUGGCCUACGAACUCAUCAAGUUUCACAACCGAAGAAGAGGCGAAACCCAUUCAGGUCCACUUAAAUCUAAUCGAAAAUACCGAUAUCCUUAACAAUUUUUCAGACUUAACAAAGACUAUGCGCGUUAUAUGUCGGAUAUUUUGUUUCUAUUACAGGUGUAAUAGUAAUCAACGCCAUAAGCUAGCCACGAAUGAAUUAACCCGAGCUGAACUGGAAAACGCUAAAACUGGAAUGAUCAUUGCAAGCCAAAGAUUAUACUUCGAAAAUGAAUAUAAUCUAUUAUCCCAAAGUCAAGAAAUUCCCCGAAAAAGUAGCCUUUUAACAUUCAACCCAUUCUUAGAUUCCACAGGUAUCAUGAGAAUCAAUGGUCGAUUGGCUAACUCCCCUUCACUAAACUACGAUGAACGAUAUCCCAUAUUAUUGCCAUACCACUCUCGGUACACUCGUUUAUUCUUGACAUAUUUGCACAAAUACUCGCUCCAUGGCCAGAAUGCUCUGUUGUACAGACUCAUGCGCCUAUAUUAUUACGUGCCCAAGCUCAAAACUCUGCUUAAAACUAUCAUAUCCCAAUGUCGUACGUGUGUAAUCCAAAAACGUCAGCAAAUUAUGGCAGCUUUACCUCCAGAAAGGACCACACUUUCGCGUCCUUUCACAAAUACCGGUGUCGACUUCGCUGGACCGUUCGAUAUCAAAACAUAUGCAGGCAGAGGUUGUAAGGUAACAAAGGGUUACGUACUGGUUUUCGUCUGUUUCGCGACAAAGGCCAUACAUCUAGAAGCAACCAGUGACAUGUCAACUCAAGCCUUUCUAGCUGCGUUUGCACGUUUCUUUUCCCGCCGUGGUUGUCCAAAUUCCUUAUAUUCGGAUAAUGGCACUGCUUUUGUUAGAGCUUCUAACAUACUAUACGUAGAUAAAACCCAAUUUAUGACACUUGUGCGACGAAAACUGCUAGAAUUACAUGAUUUUACCCCCCUUCAAUGGCAUUUUAUACCCCCAGGCGCACCUCAUAUGGGAGGUCUCUGGGAAGCCGGAGUUAAGAGCUUCAAAAUGCACUUAAAACGAGUAUCUCAUAGUCAGAAUUUUACCUUUGAGAAGUUCUCCACUUUGCUUGCUCGUAUAGAAUCCUGUUUAAACUCAAGACCACUCAGUUCUAGUAGUGAAAACCCUACAGAUCUAUGUGCGUUAACCCCCGGACAUUACUUUAUCGGUAGUCCUUUAUUAUCACCCCCAGAACCUAAUCUAACAGAUCACUCUUUGAGUUAUGUUAGUCGUUGGCAAAAACUAAAGGUUCUUCAUCAUCACUUUGCGCAAAGGUGGAAAGAGGAAUACCUCAAAGAACUUCACAAACGUUUUAAGUGGAAAUACCCCCAGCGUGAUUAUGCUAUCGGCAAUUUUGUCGUCAUAAGACAAGAUAAUUUAUCCCCCAAUCAAUGGCGACUUGGUCGCAUUGAAAAUGUUGUUCGCUGUUCAGAUAACCGUGUUAGAGUCGCUGAAGUACGAACUGCCAAUGGCAUCGUUACUAGGCCAAUCGUUAAACUUGUUUUACUCCCCAAUCCCGAACAACACUAA